GUCUUGGAUGGUUUGCUGGCACAAUAUGGAACUGUGGAAAACUGUGAACAAGUGAAUACUGACACAGAGACUGCUGUAGUAAAUGUAACAUACGCCAAUAAGGACCAGGCCAGGCAAGCAAUAGAAAAAUUGAACGGAUUCCAGCUUGAAAACUAUUCAUUAAAAGUUGCAUAUAUCCCUGAUGAAAUGGCAGCCCAACUACCUCCUCAGCAGCAUCCUCAAGGUAGACGCGGAUUUGGGCAGAGAGGUCCCCCUAGACAAGGUUCACCAGGUGCAGCAACAAGACCACAGUCUGAUGUUCCAUUACGGAUACUUGUUCCAACCCAGUUUGUAGGAGCUAUUAUUGGAAAAGAAGGAGCCACAAUUAGAAAUAUCACAAAGCAGACACAGUCAAAGAUUGAUAUUCAUCGUAAAGAAAAUGCAGGAGCUGCUGAAAAACCAAUUACAAUCCAUUCUACUCCAGAAGGAUGCUCAACUGCUUGUAAAAUUAUCAUGGAAAUAAUGGAAAAGGAAGCUCAAGACACUAAAUA